AUGGCGAUGAAAUUUAUCAGCACGGCAGCACUUGUUUCUGUUGUUUUGGCUUCAACCGUGUUGCAGAGCACAUACGCUGCAACUUACACUGUGGGAGACAACACUGGUUGGACUGUCCCUACCGGUGGUAAUACUGAAUUCUAUGAUAACUGGGCUGACAAUAAGAACUUCCUGGUUGGGGAUAUUCUUGUGUUUAACUUUGCUACCGGAUCACAUAAUGUUGCGGAGGUGACAGAAGCUGUUUACGACAGCUGCAACGUGUCCCCGGUCACUGUAUCGCCGGACAAAAGCUCAGUGUCGAUGUCAGAAAUGGUCCCAGGACUGUUGCACCCACUCCCGGUUCAAGCCCAUCGCACCCGAAUACCUGGAUCAGGCCCCAACGGUUCUCCUAGCUCAGCUUCAUCCCUUGUUGCCGCCGUCUCUCUGGCCAUCAUGUCCAUUGCCUUAGUUUUGCUAUACUAA